UCCAGGACGCCGGAAGUAGGGUGCGAGUGUGCGCGGCGCGCUGUCAGGGCUCUGGACCGGCUCGAGCUGGCACGUGGGGCACCGGGCUCCACGGACUCCCGCGACAGGAGGGUACCAUGGACGACCAGGAGCUAAUCGAAUACUUCAAGUCUCAGAUGAAGGAGGACCCUGACGUGGCCUCAGCCGUGGCGGCCAUCCGCACCUUGCUGGAGUUCCUCAAGAGAGACAGAGGGGAGACAAUCCAGGGCCUGAGGGCCAAUCUCACGAGCGCCAUAGAGACCCUGUGUGGUGUGGACUCCUCGGUGGCCGUGUCCUCCGGCGGGGAGCUCUUCCUUCGCUUCAUCAGCCUCACCUCCCUGGAGUACUCUGAUUACUCCAAGUGUAAGAAGAUCAUGAUUGAGCGGGGAGAGCUCUUCCUCAGGAGAAUAUCACUGUCACGGAGCAAGAUCGCAGAGCUGUGCCACACCUUCAUCAAGGACGGGGCGCGAAUCCUGACCCACGCCUACUCCAGGGUGGUGCUGCGGGUCCUGGAGGCAGCCGUGGCAGCCAAGAAGCGCUUCAGUGUCUACAUCACAGAGUCUCAGCCGGACUUGUCAGGGCAAAAAAUGGCCAAAGCCCUGUGCCACCUCAAUGUCCCUGUCACCGUGGUGCUGGACGCUGCUGUUGGCUAUAUCAUGGAGAAGGUGGAUCUUGUCCUCGUUGGUGCUGAAGGAGUCGUUGAAAACGGAGGGAUCAUCAACAAGAUUGGAACCAAUCAGAUGGCCGUGUGCGCCAAGUCACAGAACAAGCCAUGUUACGUGGUUGCAGAAAGUUUCAAGUUUGUGCGGCUCUUUCCCCUCAACCAGCAGGACGUGCCGGACCAGUUUAAGUAUAAGGCCGACACGCUGCUCAAGUCCAUGGAGACGGGAGGUGACCUCCGAGAGGAGCACCCGUGGGUGGACUACACGCCGCCUGCCCUCAUCACACUGCUGUUCACGGACCUGGGCGUGCUAACACCAUCAGCUGUCAGCGACGAACUCAUCAAGCUGUACCUCUGACCUCUGACCUCCAUCCUGCCAACACUGCGUGGCCACAGCGGCCCUGGACCCGCGUGAGCCAGCUGAAACAGAACUGUUUCUUAGUGAAGAUGUAUGUACUAAAACUUUAAGUUAAAUCUGGAUCGUCUUUUUCGCUCACCUCACCUGAGAUGCGUUCACAGCUCUGAACCCAGCUGUGCUCACGGCUUCCAGAAGUUCAUCCAAGGCACUCGGUGAGCAGGGCAGCUGGCCCAAAGCAAGCAGAAACAGCCAGGCCAGAAAGCAGGUGUUCUAGGGACAGCCAGGCCUCUGCAUGAAGUGACCACUGCCAGCCACAACGCACACACAGUGCCUUGGGGGAAGGCAGGCAGCGCACGGAGGGCGACCUGCCUCGUCCAGUGGGGGAACCUGCGGGGGGAGGCUGGGACGGCAGCACUCCCUCAUGGCCUAAAAGCCCUGCACGCAGG